AUUUCCUAAUAUUUUAUGUUGCUCGACACGACAGUACAGUAUGAUUCAUAAGCGUCCGUUGUUCACGGAAUCACCUUAGUGAUUAAUGAUGAUCUUCGUAAGCAUCGAAUUCUGAAGGAUCCAUCAAGUGAUACGAGUGUCAGUGGCGCAGACUUACGAUCAUCGCGAUUUCAGCCUGUUGGACUCGUGAGCGCUUGAGCACCGAUCUGGUUGGACCGUCAGAAUUCGACAGAGCAUCGCUGUGUCGCCUUUGACUAUAAAAGCACACGUCCAACAUCAGAUACACUACUUCCGACUCAUCGACCUCCCACUUACUGCCAUGUCAUCACAAACUCAUCUUGCAUUCGCGAGUACAGCCGUUGGCAUCACAUCUGUUAUUCAGGUCCCAACACUAUCUCCUGGACCCGGUGAGGUGAUGGUAAAAGUGGCAUUCAGCGCAGUCAUACCCCUUGACACAUACAUGGCCGAUUAUGGUCGAAACAUAAAUGGCGAAUACCCAGUCGUUCUAGGCUUCAAUCUUAGUGGAAUUGUAGAAGCUGUCGGCUCUGACAAGGUUUGCGCAUUUGCAACGACAGGAUCGAAGGCGAAGGGGUUACAAGAACUUGCAAUCAUACAAAGCUCCACCUGCGCCCAAGACUCGCAGCUCCCCGAUAAUUACUCGCUCGAAGCAGCUGCAACAAUUCCCGACAACUUCAUAACUGCAUUUUACACGCUGUUCGAUUGUUUGGGACUUGCUCCGCCAACGUUACCCUUCUCUGUACCACCUCCCAACGCAGAGACUCCGAUCCUUGUUUAUGGUGCGGGAGCUACGUCUGGUCAAUACGCUGUUCAGCUGUUGGCCCUUGCUGGGUACAAGCAGGUCAUUGCAACCGCGUCCCCUCGUCAGCAUUCCUACCUCAAGUCUCUUGGCGCCGCCCAUGUCGUAGACUACAGCGAUGACGACAUGUCCGAAAAGAUUCUACUCGCCGCAGGCAAAAAUGUCCAAUUUGUUUUGGACUGCAUCAGCGCAGAGGGCACGCUCAAGAGCAUAUCCAGUGUCAUUAGCUCCGACGGUGUGGUAGCCAUGCUAUUGCCAGUGACGGAAGGCACCAGGCAUGUUGCAGGGAAAGACGCGCAAUGUGGAUGGAAAUUACCGGCCGACAGAAAUCCCUUCCCAGAUUCGGUGAAACUUGUAGGCGUGAGGACGCUGCUGUAUCAACAGAAUGAGUACCUUCGUGAUAACCUGAUGCCGAAGAUUCUCCCUCGACUGUUGGAGGAAUUUCGCCUAUUUGAUCAAGGAUCACUACAAGAUCGCUGCCAGGAGGCUCUUAAUGUAGUGCGGAGUGGACAGGUGAAGGGAGAAAAAGUUGUUGUGAAAGUAGUAUCUAUGUAACUCUUUGACUGUAGUACUACGCUAAUCAACGCAAUUUUAUCUUA